UAGCGUUUGCGUGACUCAUAAUUACACUGCAUUUUUAAACAACUUUCAGUUGUAUUGCUUCAGACUACAGCUUUUGGGUUUACAGUGUGGACUUCUAAAAUGAUAUGGUCUAUAAUAGGCGUUCUUUUUCUGACAUGGCUCGUGUACAAGCUGUUUAAAGACGAGUUUACUUCGUUGAGAAAAAUUCCCAAACCCAGUGGAUCUCUUCCAGUGUUUGGUCAUGGAUUGACAUUUCUACGACAGGAAAACCAUGCGAAAUUGCUGCAGGAUUGGAGUGAAAAAUACGGGCCAAUUAUCCGUUAUAAUCGAGGUUUUGGGGACUCUAGAGUCCUCUUGACAGAUCCUGAGCUGAUCAAAUAUGUUGUCGUGACAAAUGCAAAGAACUACAGGCGGUCAGAGUUUGUUCGACAAGUUCUGCCCAGCAUUGGUAAUGGUUUAUUUUCCUCCAAUGGGAAGGAUCAUGCAUUUCAACGGAAAUUGAUCACCCCAGCAUUUCAUUUCAGCAACUUGGUUGGAAUGGUUGAGCAUUUUGAAGAUGUUGCUCAUAAUUUAGUACAGCUUUGGACUGAACAAGUAAACAGCUCAAAAGAAGGAGUCUCAGAGGCUUCCAUCUCUGUGGACUUGACUCAUCUUACAUUAGAUAUCAUUGGAAGAUGUGCCUUUGGGUACAAUUUUGACACUGUGUUGUCAGGAGAAAGUGAAGUUUCAAAUGCAUUCUCUGAUGUUAUAUUAGAAAUCAAUUUUGCCCGAUUGAUGAGACAGAAACUUAUUCCACUUUACAAAUAUCUUCCACUCCCUGAUAAUGUAAGGGCAAGAAAAGGUCUGGAACUGACAGAUAAAACUGUCCUAGAGAUCGUUCAGGCAAGGCGUAAAAAGAAGAAAGAGGGAGGAAAAGUGUCUUCUAAACCAGACUUGCUAGAUCUGUUAAUGGAUCAGUAUGAUGAAGAGACUGGCUCUAGCAUGGAUGAUGAACUUCUCAGAGCUCAGGUGUUCACAUUCAUGUUAGCUGGUCAUGAAACCACUAGCGUAUCCAUGAUGUGGACUCUGUAUGAACUGGCCAGACAUCCAGACAUUGCUGAAAAGAUCCGUGAAGAAAUUAAACUAGUUAUGAAGGACUCAUCAGAAAUGACUUGGGCAAAACUGGCAGAGAUGAAGUUUCUUGGUAAUGUCAUUAAGGAAUCUCUCCGACUUCAUUCUCCAGCUUCCGUAGCAAUACGUAUUGCUAAUAAAAAUGAUGUGAUUGGUGGAUAUGAAAUUCCUGAAGGUGCUGUAGUAGCUCUUGGAAUUGAUGCUGUUCACUAUUCCCCAAAGUAUUGGAAAGAUCCACAUGCUUUUAACCCACAGAGGUUUGAUGAAAACGAUGAGAACUACCAAGCUCACCAUCCAUAUGCGUUCUUGCCGUUCUCCGCUGGUCCUCGCUCCUGCAUAGGGAGUAAGUUUGCCAUGGCAGAGAUGAAAGCUGUGUUAUCUACUUUGUUGCGACACUUAACAUUUGAAGAGAUUCCUGGAUUCACCGUGAGACCAGUUAUUCGAUUGACAGCUAAGCCAGAUCCGCCAUUGCGGUUGAGGAUCAGAAAGUUGACAAGUUGAAUAUGGCUUCAACUUAUUUGUUUGGUUGGUUGGAUGUGUAACAAUUGCGUUUAGGGCUCAGUAUUAAUUAGCAGUGCUUCAAAAGACUACAUAAGGUAGAAGGUAUGCUCGCAAUCAUCUACUAUCUAUUUUUAUCGACUGUUUCGUUAAAUCUGUGUUAGAUAUUUUGUAUUUCAAUUAGUUUCUUUUAUAAACAUUAUUUUAAAAUUGCCGCCAUGUCCGGCUGAUUAACAGUCAACGUAAAAUUUCAGUUUUCUUCAAGUUAUGUCUGUGCGUUGUUCUUGUAGUUUAGCGCGGUAAUAUUCCACCUCUGCUUUUUUGUUUCCUAAAUAUCUGAGCCAAAAUGUGCGUAUUCUUGGGUACGGACAAACGACAGAGAAAAUCCAACACAAGACUACUAAACCAACAAAGCCCAUGGACCCAGCGAGGAAAUACAACGGAACCAUUCGCCGACUCAUUUCUUUUCAACACUACAAGCGUAAUUUGCGGACUUGAAAUAAAUUUCCAAGGUGCUAAAAUGCGGCUAAUAUCGACGAGGAAUAGAUGAGCCAAUACAAAGGAUGUCCUUGCUCUGAAACGAAACGAAAAACGAAUUUCAAAUUAAAUAUUGUUAUUAGCAUACAGUCAAAUGGAAAUGAAAAAGAAACGAAAAGGUGCAUACCACAAAUAAAAAUAAUGUCACUCAGUUGUAAAUAAUAGUGUGCAAGACAUACCGUAUUGUACUUGUUUUAAGCCCAGCACAGGCCUAUUGCGCGGGUCUAGCGCUACAUAGUUCUUAAGAAUUAAAAUUCAUAUUUUCCUCUCUGUCGGUAAAUAAAUAAAGCGUAUUUACCAGUUGCAG